AUGGCACAAAAGAGAGAGCAUUCCGAGGUUGGCUCACCAGAGCCUCGAGACUCGGGAUCAUUCAAUGGCGCCAAGAAGCGCAAGCAAAGCAAGUCGAAGCAUCGACCGAACGAAGGGACUUCAACAUGGGCCAAGAAGCGAACGCGCACCAUCGAGCGACUCCUCAACCGAAAUCAAGAACUGCCUGCCAACGUCCGCAACGAUCUCGAACGAGAGCUGGGCGCGCUCAAGUCUACAGUCUCGGACAAGAGCUUCCAAAGGCUACGAAGUGCCAUGAUCUCGAAAUACCACAUGGUUCGCUUUUUUGAGCGAAAGAAGGCAUCCAGAUUAGCAAAGCAAUUGCGCAAGAAAAUUGACGAGACCGAAUCGACAGAAACAGACGAGCUUGAGAGCUUGAAGCGUGACUUGCAUAUUGCGGAAGUGGACGAGGCAUACACUCAGCACUUUCCUCACGCCGAACCCUACAUCAGCCUCUACACCAGUGCCAAAUCGGAGAAGGAGGACGAGGAUAAAGACGACGACGACAAGCUUGACUACACACCUCUCAAGCACAGGGGUCUGCUGCAUACAGAGAGGCCGCCGAUGUGGUCGGAAAUCGAGCAAGCAAUGAAGGGUGGCCAUCACGCGCUGCGAACCAUAAGAGAAAAGCGACCCGAAAUCACAGAAGGAGCCAAACCAGAGCGCAACCAGAACAAGUCCAAGGCGGCAACGGGCAAAGACAAGACCGUGCUGGCUUCCAAGGCGCAGCCCAACCCCGAAACCAACCCCACACCUUACACCAAGGGCAAGGGCAAGUCAGGGGCUGCUCCCAAGAAUCGCAGGGAGCGCCGACUUGCAGAACGCCAGGGCGCUCAGCCUGUUGUUAAGAAUGACGAUGAUGAUAGUGACGAUGGUGGUUUCUUUGAAUAG